AUGCGGCGCACUACAGUCGGCGUAGGGGCAAAAGACAUCUCAUUAUUGCCGAAUGCACGAGCGCUUUCAGGUGGCAGCAGUCGCGGUCGCAACGGCGGUCUUUUCUCCUCUUCGUCGUCUUCUUCAGGAGAUUCCGACGUCUCAGAUGAAGAAAAUGAUACGAAUCAGAGCGUAAGUUCAGUGCCAUUUCUAUCGGGGGCUACAGAUCGCAGCCAUUCGAGUAGUACGCACUCAAAUUCGCUCCCAGUGGCAGAUGUCAGACGUCGCACCAUGUUCUCGACCGCUUCGACGGCGCUAUGCUCUUCUGCUACUAUGGAGGAUAAUGCAGGACAUUUGGUGGAAAGAAAGGGUCUUUUUGAGAAAGAUGAUGACGUAGGGGACACACUGGAGACGCUUCACAAACGAGUGAAGCUUCGUCAGAGCAAGAAACAGUCGGAAAUGAAGGCGAUGCAAGCGCAACUAGAGACGGCAGAUCAGCGUGCAGAAGAGCUGGAGAGACGGCUCAGUCAGGCCAAUAAGGACAAGGAAGAGUUUUCUAUUCGCACGAAAGAGUGUCAGCGUAUUAUUGAAAAACGCAACAAGCAGCUAAUGAAGGCAAGCGAGAGGAUGGCACGACAUGCGGAUCAGUAUGAAUUUCAGAUGGCUCAGCUACAAGCGCGAUUAACAAAUGUGACUGCGCAGUGUGAUCACUUACGUGCUGAGGCUGCCACGGUGAAGGAAAAUGUCACGAAAGAGUGGGAGCUGAAGGAGAAAGAGCUGCGAAAUGAGAUGGAGACGCGAAACACUAAGCAUGAGAAACUCAUACAUGCAGCGGAGGCAAGUUUAUGUGAACAGCAAGCUGAAAAUGCGGUACUUGCAAAGAAACUGCGUGAAGUGAAGCAACAGCUUACGACUACAGGCGACCGAAAGCCAAGUGCCGUUCAGGUGAUGGUAAGUGAGGAGUAUCAGAGCCUAGUGAAGCGAUGCGAGGAUUCAGAGGCGAUAAGUCGUGAACUUAAAUGUCAGCUGGAGAAAGAGCAUCAGAAGAACAAGUGUCUUUUCAAGCAGUUAACUGCUCUUCAAGAAACUUUGGGCACCACUACUGCGACGUCUGCCGGAUUUUUCCCAGAUACAUCGUCGUCGGAGCCGAAAGACGAUUCCGGUAACUUGAAGGACAGAGUUACGACUGUGGUUGCUGAGGCAGAGCUUGCGAGCUUUGACUUUACGGCAGGCAAAAGGUCGUAUAUGUCUAGCCCUGUGGAAACGGAAGUGGGAGUCGACUCGGUUGUUGACGUUUCACCCACCUGUGAGGCAUCACGCUCAAGUCAGAGUCGUUCACGAGGGCUUUCUGCCUCAAGUUUUACUGAUGAUGCUCUUAAACCAUCCUUAAGAGAGGGAAAACGCCGGGCAGCUUCUGCGCAAACGAUUAAAACAGUUGUAGAGCCACCAGAUAAGCUGGGCGAAGACAAAGCGGGCAACGGUAAGCUAACUGUUACGUCAGUGACUUUCUUUGAGAAACUUUCGUCUAGAUUCAAGCGAUGCUCUUCUCCAGGGAAUGGCCUCAAUAUAUACAAAGCUGAAGAUAAUGGUAUGGAUGGAGCAACGUCAAGUGAAAUUGAAUGUGCGUUGCCAAUCCCUUCUCGCCAAGGAUUUACCCAUAGCAAAGUGUUAAAGGAGCGCCCUCGUAUGUACGUGGCAAAGCCUGCGUCUGAUCAUGAGGACGAGUCAAGUGAUAGUAUUUUCGGUAGUGAGUCAUCUUCGAGUGAUUUAUCAGACGACGACUCCCCACCGCCUCCUCCACCAAUGUACGUGCAUAGAGCUCUUCCCCUGUUUAUCCCUACAGCUCAUAUGGACAUUUCGUCGCAAGUAAGAUCCUCGGAUAUAAGUGCCGACGCCGACUUUAGCAGCUCAAGUGACGACGAUUUCGAAGUACAUGAAGAGCACAAGGCAGCUGAAAAAAUGAUUCAAUUGCCCAAAAUUGCGGAUUUGUUGGAACCGCGGGAGCAAACAGAAAGUCUACGCGCAUUGCAGACGCCGCCUGGAAUAGCAUUGCCAUCGACGUCUUCCUCGUCCGCGUCAGACGACGACCCCGACGAGCCUGACGUUGAGAAAAGUCAACCUCUUCAUGUCGACAUCAAGAAAGCCGAAAGCUUGUCAGAAUCAUCAUCUAUGUCCUCUAGCUCGGGUGAUGAUAUUGACCAAGUGGUUCAUACAUCUAAAACAAAAGUUCACCAAACGGCUCGGAAAGAGAGUCUCACUGGCCAGGAUUACCACGGGAAGCGUGCAUCAGGCUCACCAACUUUGUCAAAGUGUCGAGAGAAGAAUCGUAGCUUGAGUGGAGGUGACAAUUUACACAAGACGAGUAAAAGUCGCAUGAACGAGUACAUGGAGGUCCGUGCUAAGAAGCGCAACGAAAAGAUUAAGCGCACACAGCAAAAGGAACAAGAAGAUACGAUAAAGAAGGAAGAGUACGAAAAAGAAUGGGAGAAGAUGGCACAGGAGGAACGCGAGCGAAAGCGUAAACAACAGCAAGCACGACGCAACGGAAGGCGACGACCGACAAGCACGAAAACGGUUCGGGUUUCGCAGAUGCGGCAACAGAUAAAUAACAAGCUGCAGCAAAUGGACCACAAGGAGACCCCAGUGCCCCCACCACUUCAUCCAAGUGACCUACCACGGCCACACCAUGACGAUGGCGUUGAUGUUGAUGGUCGUCGCUCUCGGCGAAAAAGUGAGAGCAAGACAUCAGAAAGUGAAGUAGAGGAAGAGCGACCACUGCCAUCUAUUGACUCGCCACCGCUACCUCCCGAGCCUACAAUGGCUGACACCGAGCUGUAUCUUCGCCAGCAAGCACGGUUGCGGGAGCGCCACGAAUUGCAAAUGAAGAAAAAGGUCGAGGCUGAUGAGGCAGAUGCUGUUCGGGGAGAUAUUCAUCGGCGAGUAGAGAUGUGGGCGUUUGGCAAGAAAUUUCUGCACAUGAUCCUUACUUUGGACCAAAUAUCGUCGAACGAUGCGCUCAAGAAGUGUCAAUUGAUGGUGGCGCAAUCCCCCGAUGACGAUACUGUGCGAAAGGCCUAUCGAAACAUCCUAAGGGUCGUCCAUCCUGACAAAUUGCGUGGUGCCACAAUUCCUGAGCAACUGGUGGCCAAAGAGCUCUUUACUGCGCUUAACCAAGCCUUUGAAAAGUCUAAAAACCAAGUUGCAUGA